CUUCAUGUUUUCCAUCAGAUUUCCCUCUUUUUGUUUCUUCCACUUUGCUCUUAGUUUUUCUGCCAUGGAAACAUGGUGUGCACCAAACCACUGGGGCUCUCCUGCCUGAUACUCUGCACAUAUUAGUGCUUAACCUACAUUUCUGGAUAUAUGAUAUCCAGCAUGUGUGCUUUACAAAAUCAAAGUAGGUUGGUCUGGUAUUCCAGCUCCUGAUUCAAGCAUGUUCAAAUCUCAGCAUCAUGUUGUCAUGCCUCUACUUUCAGGCUUUUGCCCUUGAUGAUUUGGGUGGGUGUGGUCUCUUCUAUUGCCCCUCAUCCUGAGUGAAGCCCCCUCUGUUACCCCAAACACGCACGCAUUCAAACUACGGCGAUGACACACCAUUCCAACAAUGUUCGAGACCAUAUGAAAUGGGCUGGGUUGCUGGGCUGCGAGGCAGUGCUGUCCAGCAUGGCCCUGAUGCAAGCCAACAACAUUCCAGGCCAGAAGAAGAUGAUGUCAUCCUUGGGUCAGGGGCAUAGGGCCAGUCCUGAGAGCCACCAAACCCAUUCACAGCACAGCCACAACCACCAUGGGCACCAGGUUCACCAUGGACAACCCCACAACAGCCACAUGGGCCAUCUGUCAGCUGGGAGCUGUCCACCACUGCUGAUUAGAAAGGAUGGGGAUUAUCACACAUCAAGAGUGAUGGAUGAAAAGGACAUGCAGGCAAACCAGAAUAUGCAACCCAAGAAAAAGCACAAAAAAUCAGGAUCAUCCCACAAAGUUAAAGAGAAGGUGGAGCCUUUACUUCCCCCAAUCGAUAUGGAUGUCGACAGUUCCUUGAAAGUCCAGAAGAACUUCAUCUGUGACCACUGCUACGGAGCUUUCCGGAGCAGCUACCAUCUCAAGCGACAUAUACUAACACACACAGGGGAAAAGCCAUUCGCUUGUGAUGCGUGUGAUAUGCGGUUCAUUCAGCGUUACCACCUGGAUAGACACAAGAGGGUGCACAGUGGAGAGAAGCCGUACCAGUGUGAUCGCUGUCAUCAGAACUUCUCACGGACAGACCGGCUGCUGAGGCACAGACGGUUGUGUACAGUUGGAAUAAGCAAAGAGGAAAACCAGUCGUGCUGUGACAGUCGUGCAUCAGGGUACUCACAGGACGCAUCAGCCCAUCCAGCUUCUUGGAGCCCCCUACAGCCUUCCAACAACCGCCUGACUGUCUGACCCUCAGUCCCUCUCAAAGACCCUACAGACAGUCUGCGACUCAGUAAUGUCGCACAUUGGAGGUCAACAGUACUGUAACCUGACAACAGCCUAGCUUAAACACAACCAAACUUUAGUUUGCUCUCACCGGCUCCUUCAUAAAGCUUUAUAGUGGAUUUUUGUACUUUUUUAAUGUACUGUUACAUUCAUGGUACAGGUCGAAGGGAAAGCAUUAAUUCACAUCCUUGGUCAAUAGGUAACAUUAUUAUGGCAAUAACUGAAUGAUGAAUGCACACAUCCUUUUUUAAAAAAGGUUUUUCGGUAUUGCUGGCAAGGGUUUGCAAGUAUUUUUGACUGCAUCAACUGCUAAUGUAUUGCGUAGCACCACUUGGGUAUCCUGCUGAUCUGCAAUCAACCCCAGCGCUGCCUGCGACUACAUAUGGACAAUUCACUAAAGGACACAAAAACA